AGGCGAUGACGUGGUGGGGCUGGCUGGUAUUCGUGGCUGUCGCGCUCUGCCUUUCUAUACUUCUGGACACUCAUCUGUUCCAAAUGCCAUUCUCGGGACCCUUACUGAUGAUAUCGUACAUGGCAUUCGAAGUGCUUGGUAACUACACAGAAGCGCCGGAUGAUAUGAUCAUUCUGAUCAACACUAUCGUCCUACAAGUUGCGGCUGCGGCUAUGAAGUGGAGUUUCUUCACAUCUAAGACAGCCAUACUAGAGCCCAGUAUCAUGAUUCUCGUGCCUGGAUCGCUGAUGGUUCGUUCGUUACUGUACGAAGGUACCGAACAGCAAGUCUUGAGCAUCCAGUUGUCGACCGCCAUAUCUCGCAUUACCCUGAGCAUCGCUGUGGGUCUGAUGAUUGGUGGAAUGAUUGUCAGUUGUGUGGUGAAAAGUAUUGAGCAGUUACAUACCAAACGUGCGAGCCUUCGCACCCGCAAGGCAGUGAGACAGAAGGAGCGGACGAGAUUAAAACCAAGGAGACACAAGGCAAACGUGCCACACGACGACUACGCAGAAAGGGGUAUGUACUCUGAAAGUGGUCGAACACGAAUACAAAGCGAAAGCGGCAUACCGGAUGAGGAGAGGCUAGAGUUACAGGACAUGGCGGCGGAAGAGGGCUCGCACGAAGCAGUUACAGAGGGUGACCAUGACGACGACAAACAGCCACUGAAGAAGAAGUUAUCAGUCCUGAUUAAGGACAUACGUGAAGAGUUGAAGGACACGGCGCCAAAUACACAAAUUAUUAUGGAUGAUCGAAAACAAGCGGCAGAAGAUGAACAAGCAGCGAACUCUGUAAACGAAGAUCCGGAAGCAAAUGGAACCGCACAACAACAUAAUCAAGAAGAAUCGUUGCGGCAUCGAAUACGAGGAAACAUUGGGAUCGGCUUCUCCAGUAGGGGCCGCCUAGACAGUGUCACGGACUUUGCCAAGGCUAGGAGGAACACCCGUCAUCUCACUAUGGUGUGAUAAUAAAUAGAUAGACAGCACAAUAACGGUUGGACGAUAACUCACUCACCGGUAUGGGCGAAUCGAUGCCUGGUGUACCGAUACAGAUCAUAAAAAUUAAAGAUGACCCAAUGACCGAAUAUAAACCGGGCGUGGGUGUGCUUGGUUGCUUGGAA